UUUUGGUUCAUGUUCGUUUCCAACUUUUGUCUCUCCGCUCUUUCAAUUACAAAUUUGGGUCUAAUCAGCUCGAUGGUGGGCUUCAUCCUUCACCAGAAAAACGAAAUCGUCACGUAUCAAGUGAACUGGCCAGAAGAAACUGUACAGCUCGUCACACAUCCGGCAAACUUAUGGACUGAUCAAGGCCAUAUGUCGAACGGUGUGGCUGGCUACGGAUUCUUCCUGGGCCUCAUCGCAAUGUAUGUGGCAUGUCGUCAAAGACACCGGGCGGGAAAGCCUCCUUCAAAGACUCUGGUCGCAGUGUUUGUCCUGCAGCUACUCUCGGUGCUCUUCACGCUCUCCGCCAUCAUCUUCGUCUUUAUCGUCACCAACGAGACGAAGCACCAGCACAUUCUGGAAUCGGUCGCGCGCUCAAAUGUUCCCUACCCCGAGCACUGGUGGACUCCCGAGAACUGGUACAAAGCUGUGCUGGAACUGCCGCUGGCUUCGGAGCAGCAUCGCAGUAGCAUCAGCUCAGCUGUCACGCAUAUGGUCGCCUGGAAGUGGAUCCUUAUCCCCAUCUUUUUACUCGAUGUAUUGACUUUUGUGAUUACGACGGUGGAGAUGAUCAGGCAGCGGAGG